UAGGCAAAAUGUGUUUUAUAGAAGAAAGUCAACCUCAUUUUUAUUGUUUGUUUGACUAGAAGAUCAGGGCAAAGUCUCUUCCACUAUCAUCAUAGCGGUGGCGUUUUGACAUAAAAAUGACGAUGAAUUCCAUCAGAGCAAAGUCUCUUCCACUAUCAUCAUCAUCAUCAUCAUCAUUACUCUUCCGUCUCAGAUGCUGCAACAAUCACAACAACAACAUUUCCUCAUUUCCAAUUCCUUUCAAUUCAAACUUCCCACAUCUUCGCUCCACCACCAGAUUUCCCCUCAAUUGUGCUUCAUCGAUCAACUUCUCCGAUGAUGAUUCUCAGCUACCCGAUCCAACACCCAAUCACUCUUCUCCCGCCGCCACGCCGGCGAAGCAAACUUUACUGUCUAUUUUGGAGAUCCUGAAGAAUUCAAAUUCACUUCUGCCGCCUGCAAUCCUUGCUAGUACACUGCUAGCUCUAAUCUUCCCACCUUCAUUAACAUGGUUUACUACCAGAUACUUUGCCCCUGCACUAGGGUUUUUGAUGUUUGCCGUUGGGGUCAAUUCAAGUGAAAAGGACUUCAUCGAGGCAUUUAAUAGACCAGCAGAAAUUGCUGCUGGUUAUUUUGGCCAGUUUGUUGUCAAGCCUCUUCUUGGAUAUCUGUUUUAUAUUAUUGCAGUAACUGUUUUUGGUCUACCACCAGCAAUAGGGGCAGGAAUUGUAUUGGUUGCUUGUGUUAGUGGAGCUCAGCUAUCAAAUUAUGCUACUUUUCUUACAGACCCACAAAUGGCACCAUUAAGCAUAGUAAUGACAUCACUGUCAACUGCUUCUGCGGUUUUUGUCACGCCACUCUUAUUGCUGUUGCUCAUCGGGAAGAGAGUGCCCAUAGAUGUAAAAGGAAUGGUGUUUAGCAUUACACAGAUUGUGGUGGUACCUAUUGCUCUUGGCCUGCUUUUAAAUCGCUUCUUCCCUCGUAUUUGCGAUGCUAUUCGACCAAUUUUGCCUCCACUGUCCGUGUUGGUGGCAGCUAUCUGUGCUGGAGCACCACUCGCUCUUAACGUUGAGUGUAUUAAAUCUCCCCUUGGAAUUUCUAUCUUGUUGCUUGUUGUUGCUUUCCAUUUGUCAGCUUUUAUAGCUGGUUAUGUACUAAGUGGUUCUGUCUUCCGUGAUUCUCCUGAUGUGAAGCCAUUACAGCGAACAAUUUCCUUUGAGACAGGAAUGCAAAGUAGCCUCCUUGCUCUGGCUCUUGCUAAUAAGUUCUUUGAAGAUCCAGUUGUCGGCAUGCCUCCAGCAAUUUCGACUGCAAUUAUGUCUUUGAUGGGAUUUGGUCUUGUUUUGAUAUGGAACAAAAGAGGAAAGCAUGAGACAAAACAGAGCACCUGAAAGGUAUGGAUUUAGAUGUGUAUUAUGCACAUUGGGUCCAUCUUGUAUCUUAGCAUACAUAGAGAUACUGCUGAAGCUAUCCCAAGGAGGGACCGACUACAAGAAGUUUGAUAUCAUAUUAUAUACUAUUAAUUACAAUUUAAUUUUUUUUACAUCACACCAAUUCUUCUAACACAGUUUUUGUAAGGGUAGUGUAGAACCAGUGGUGUGAAACAAUUGACUCUUAGAUAUUUAUAUUUAAGUGCCUGUUUCAAAUUUUGGAAUCCUCUAAAGCAAGUUGGUGAUUAACUAAA